AUGGCUAAGAAAAUUAAGCACUUAGUUGUGGAUACAACUGCUUUUAUUAAAGCUGCAAACCUACAAGAUAUGGCUGAGAAUGUGUAUACAAUACAGGAGGUAAUAGAUGAAAUCACCAAUGAUAGGCAAAGACGUAAACUUGUGGUGUUACCGUACGAUUUAAAAACGAAAGAAGUCUUCUCCGAACAUAUUAAAUUUGUAACAGAUUUCUCAAAGAAGACAGGUGACUAUACAAGCCUUUCUGCAACUGACAUUAAGGUUAUGGCGUUGACUUAUCAGCUUGAGAAAGAAAAAAUUGGUACAGAUCAUUUGAAAACUGAACCUACUAUGCAGAGAACGCUGAAAGUUACUGGAUUAGCUGGUUUUAAUCCUCAUCCAGAAAAUAUAGACAAUAGAGUUGACUCUGAUACACCUCUUAAAUCUGAGGCAUCAGAAAAUUUAGAAGAGGACACAAGUCAACAAAUACAACAACAUUUUAUGUCUCCUAAAACUGAUUCAGAAGAACGGGAACAAAAUAAUAGUAGCAGCGAAUUAGCUGAAGAAAUUACAAUUCAAAUCGAAAAUAUGGAAUUGAAAGAUAAGGAGAUAGACAAUUUAAUAGUAAAAGUAGAUUUAGAAGAAAAUGAGGAAUAUACCAGUGAAGAAUCAGACAGUGAUGGAGGUGAAUGGAUUACACCUGGAAAUCUUGCACAAAAGAAAAAAGAAACAGAGUUAGGAGACUUUGAGGAAAAAGAAGUUGAGGUUGCUUGUAUAACGUCUGACUUUGCAAUGCAGAAUGUUCUACGACAAAUUGGAUUAAAUGUAACAGCAAUUGAUGGCAGAGUAAUAAAACAGUUAAGGACAUUCAUUUUCCGAUGCACAACAUGUUUCAAAACUACUAGUGUCAUGACAAAAUUAUUUUGUCCUAAAUGUGGUCAUGCUACUCUUCGAAAGGUGGCAGUGAGCAUUGAUGAGGAAGGAAACCAGCAUAUACACAUAAAUGGUCGUAAACCACUGACUGCUAGGGGCAAGAGGUUCAGUUUACCCACACCCAGAGGAGGACAACAUUUUCAGUACCCAAUCCUUACCGAAGAUCAACAUAUUCACAAAAGAUUUGCUACUAAAUUAGCCAGAAAUAAAACAAACGCUUUGGACCCAGAUUAUACAGCUGGGUUUUCACCUUUUGCUGUGAAGGAUGUAAACUCUAAAUCAGCAGUCUUAGGAGUGAGAGCAAACAAACAAGAUAUAAAAUACUGGAUGAAACACUACUCAAAAGGUAAAAAGAAGUAG